AUGGCAGUUGACCGCUUCACUCAUUUUCUGCAGAUACCGGAGACUUGGCCAUCGAGUCAUGGCCUAAGAGUGCCAUGGUACCGUGGCUUUGGCCCUCCUUCUCUGCCGUGUCAAGUAGCCGUGUCUGUGUGGCGCAUCUUGAAGCCUGCAGCCCUUUUGGAAGGAGGUAAUGAUCACUUCACACAUUGUUGUUACAGGUUCAUGGUCGCCUUAUCUUUUCUCCCAUGGCUAUGUACACUAAUCCAUUUAUCCAAGCCGCUCACCAUAGGGCGUCCCGUUCCGGAUGGGCAGGUCAGGGGAUGGAAGAUCUUCGUUUCGGACCUUUUAUGGGGCACGUCAGAAGCGAGUAUGUGGCUUAUGCAAGGCUUACUAGUGACAACCACUACAUACCCGGGAUCAUCUCCCGACGUGGCGAACCUUCGACCCGACCCAGACACUGUUAUGAGCUGCAGACAUGAAAAUCUGGAGAAAGUUGAGCGAGAGCAGACCGAGCAUACCAAAUCAAGAUUUCUCAAUCCGCCAUCCGCAGGGCAUGUGACCAGAUAGCCAAGCGAUGA